CUGAUUGAGGGGAAACGAGGGCAAAAACAAUACCAAAAACGUACUUUCUAUUGAUAUCAAUUUUUUUGUCGUGUAUUCUUGUAAAUAUUAAUUUUCUUUCGCACAUUUUCUGGAAUUGCAUUUGCUUGUAGGGAGAAUUUUGUGAUUUUGAAUUCCGUCCCAAAGUUAAUUUCUCCUCUCUGCGGCACCUAGAUCGCUUCUCCAGCUGUUCGGCAGAGGCGCUGCGGGCGUUCCCAAGAAAAGCGGGUGUAGAUUUCUAACCACAUUUAUUGUUGUGAUUCCGUGUAAACUCGCCACGCGAUGGAUCUGGACAUGAAGAAUUGGUUCAGCGAAGUUAACGCGCUAUGGCCGGGACAGUGCAUGUCGCUGAAGGUGAAGAAGCUGCUGUGGGAGGAGAAGUCAAAAUACCAGCAAAUCUGCAUCUUCGAAUCGGAAUCCUACGGCCGUGUGCUGACGCUGGACGGUAUUAUUCAGUGCACGGAGAGGGAUGAGUUUGCGUAUCAGGAGAUGAUCUCCUUCCUGCCACUCUGUUGCCAUCCGGAACCCAGGAAAGUACUGAUUGUUGGCGGCGGUGACGGCGGAGUGGCCAGAGAAGUGGUGAAGCAUCCUCUGGUGCAGGAAGUGUACCAGGUUGAGAUUGACGACCGGGUAGUGGAGCUAUCCAAGGAGUUCCUGCCCUUCAUGGCGUGCGGCUUCCAGUCGCCGAAGCUCAAUCUCACCAUUGGCGAUGGCUUUGACUUCAUGAAGAACCACGUGGGCGAGUUCGAUGUCAUAAUCACGGACAGCAGUGAUCCCGUGGGGCCGGCGAUCUGCCUCUUCCAGGAGUCCUACUUCAGCCUCAUGAAGCGCGCCCUCCGGCCGGGUGGCAUCGUGUGCUCCCAGGGCGGCACGUACUGGACGGAGAUGAAGCAGGUGCAGGACACCCUGACGCACUGCCGCAGCCAAUUCCCCGUCGCCGGAUAUGCAAUCUCCACGGUGCCCACUUACCCAUGCGGGCAGAUUGGAUAUGUGAUUGGCUCUCUCAACGAGGCCACAAAUCUCCGGGAGCCCGUCGUGACGUUCACGGAUGCGGAGCUGGAGAAGAUGCAGAUGCGCUACUACACCUCAGACGUCCAUCGCGCGGCCUUCACUCUGCCCAGGUACGCUGCCAAUGCGCUCAAGUGAUCCGGCGCAUGCAUUCCCGGACACGUCCUUCAACACAAUCCAUGAGAGAGAAUAUUUU